UGUAGCAUCUCUAUGUCCAACGCAUUGUCCGAUUGGUAUAAGGAGUGAACGGGGAGAUAUUCAGAUCAGAACCUCUGUAUACCCCGAAUCUCUGCAUCAAGUCCAGAGGGUGACCCUGGAGCGGUGCGCAUCAUGUAUAGGAUAAUACCUUUACUGCUGGUUGCUUUUGCAACUGUGGCUUACAGCCUGGACAGAAAAUGCCCAAAAGGCUGGCAAUCAUACAACUACCAAUGUUACUUCUUCAGUGACACAACAUUUACCUGGAACGAGGCAAGAUCUGUAUGCCGUGGAAGACAAGGAGACUUAGUUGGUCUAACUUCCACAUCCGAAAGGAAUUUCUUGAAUACUCAAAUAAACCAGCGCCGGAAGGAAUAUUGGAUUGGACUGAGCAGAGACCCUCGAAAUAAGAACAACUUUAAAUGGGUUGAUGGAAGAACAUUAUCUUCAAGCCUGUCUAACUGGGCGUAUAGGGAGCCAAAUAAUGCAGGUGGACGAGAGGAUUGCGUCCAUACACGAACCAACGGCCAGUGGAACGAUGCACCAUGUUUCGACAAAGUACGAUACGUUUGCAAGAGAAGCGAUGCCAUCUUUGACAAAUGCGACCUGGAUGAUGGCUGGCAUCCAUUUGGAGCAAAAUGCUACAAAUUCUACGAGACCCCUAACACAUUCAUGGAUGCCCAAGCGCAAUGCCAGGAGAAGGAUGGUGAUCUUAUUCAAAUCAAAACCACGGAUAACCUUAGGCUCGUCCAGGAUACAGUUAACUGUGCUAGCGCCCAUAACACAAUAUGGAUCGGCGCAUCAGAUAUGGUAACACCAAAAACGUACAGAUGGAUCAAAGACAACACCACUAUUACCGUCUCAAAUUGGGGAUUUAGGCAACCAACAAACUUAAACGCCCCAGGAAAAACGUGUAUAGAGGUCAUUUCAGACGACAGCUAUAGAUGGCGUACUCAGCUAUGUUCACAAGAAAGAAAGUUCAUCUGCGAACGUCCACAAGGAACAUGUCCAAGGGGAUGGCGGGAACGCAACGCAAUGUGCUAUGGAAUCUUUAGUCAAAGGAAGGACCAAAAAACGUGGACAGACGCUGAUAAAUAUUGUACACAGAUCGGUGGGCAGUUGCUGAAAAUCACAUCGUUGUCGGAACACUUCUAUAUCCGAACACUAACAUACAGCAUCAGAACGCAGGGUCAGCGUGCCUGGAUCGGAAUUUCAGAUAAACUUAAUGAUGGCAAGUUCACAUGGGCCGAUGGUACAGAUAUCAAGUUCAAAUAUUACGACACCAGACAGCCUGUAUCAAGAAGGGGCAAACUUGAUUGUGGAUAUAUGAUAACUACAACAAGGACCCCAAAAUGGAGGACAGCAUAUUGCUAUCAGAUCAACCCCUUUAUGUGCAAGAUGCCGAUCACCAGCAAAUUGAUGUCGAUCCCCCCUCCCCCAACUCAAUACAAAUGUCCAACUGGUUGGAGAUUGUUCCAACAGUCAUGUUUCUGGUUCAGUCGAGACAGGGCAACGUUUGCAAGUGCCAAGAGCAAGUGUAUUGCUGCAGGAGGAUGGCUUGCCAAUUUGUACAACAGCGAGGAACAGUCCUUCAUCAGUGGUAAUAUAAAUGCUAACAGUUGGAUUGGACUCGAAAGGAAAACUGGAACCAAAUUUACAUGGGUCAAGGGAACCUCAAACUUUACAAACUUUUGGACUAACUACCCAAACACAAUAUCGACUUCGAGAUGUACAUUGGCUGUUAACAGUAUAUUCAAAGCCUAUUGGAUCAACACAAGAUGUACAUUAUCAUACAACUACAUAUGCAGAAAAGAUGCUGUUGAUACCCAGAACCCACCACCCACAACAGUAGGAUUACCAUUUUACCCGUUAUGUGGCGCAGGGUGGAUUCUAGAUUCCGUUGCCAACCAAUGCUACAGACUGAAAAUAUCGCAAUCAUCUUGGGCCCAGGCGAAUUCAGACUGUAAACGUAACACAGGGGGUGGUCUAAUGAGUAUCAUCGACCUCCAUGAGCAGUCUUUUAUCUCAGCUCUGAUGCUGACCAGUGCAGGAGCUGGGCAGACUCAAUUCUGGAUAGGUGCCAACCAACUAGACAGGACCAGUGGUUGGAGAUGGUCCGACAGUAGACCGUUCAGAUAUUUCAACUGGAAGGAGGGCUCUCCAGUCAGGUUCAAGAAUAAUGAUUGUGCUUUUAUUUCUUCACGUUUCGGAGGCAUGUGGAGCAAUGCACUUUGCUCUAGUAAAAAAUCUUACAUCUGUAAGAAAACUGCUGCUGGUGUGAGUACAACUGUUGUAACUGGACUCCCAACCACUCAAACACCACCAAACUGUAGACCAGAAGCAAUGAUAUCCGGCAACCACUACAUUUCCCCAAGACAGUUGACUGCCUCAUCACAGUUAUCUGCACGAGCCUCACCAUACCUAUCAAGACUGGACCAGAGAUCAUCCGGAAUUGGAGCAAGUAGACUCCAAGGUGGAUGGAGUCCUAGUUCCAACAACAAUAGGCAGUGGAUCCAGGCAGAUUUUAUGACUCCUAUUCUCAUAAAGGGUGUCGUUACACAGGGUAGAGCGGACGCGGAUGAGUGGGUUAGGUCAUUCAGGAUAAGAUACAAGUAUGACGAGCAAGCAAACUGGAUAUAUUACUCCGAUCUUGCCUCUGGAUCACCCACAACAUUCUCAGGUAAUGCUGACAGGAAUACAAAGAAAACAAACAACUUUAGGACUCCAUUUCAAGCCAGAUGGAUUCAACUGUGGCCAAUAUCAUACAACAGAAAAAUGUCAUUACGUUGGGAAGUAAUGGGGUGUUUGGUUGCUGACUGUACACCAGAACAAUUGAUAUCCGGAGCUACAAGUGUACCCGACAGUGCACUUAAGUCAUCGUCUGAUUGGAACAGCGCACAUAGGGCUGCUAAUGUACGAAUCAACCAACAAAAGGGUGGUGGUCGAACGGGUGCAUGGUCUGCUGGUAAAAAUGAUAAAAAUCAAUGGAUUCAGGUUGACCUUGGAAUGCGGUUAAGGAUCAAAUCAAUCGUAACAAGAGGAAGACCCGAUAGCAGACAAUGGGUAACUUCUUACUUUGUUCAAUACGGCGAUGAUGGCAAGUUCUGGGAGGAUUACCAAGAGCCGUAUAAAACAAAAAAGCUUUUCCGAGCAAACAAAGACCAAAAUAGUCCAGUAACUAAUAAACUUAGAUCACCAUUCUUGGCUCGAUACGUGCGUAUCCUACCACAGGGUUGGUUUGGCCAUGUCUCAAUGAGGAUGGAAGUCUUGGGCUGCCCCAUUGGAUGUCAGCCUCAGCCAAUUAUAGCAGGACCUAACAGGAUACCAGGGCGCCGUCUUACAGCAACAAGUUCAUACUCUGUAUACCAUGGACCUGAUCGAUCUAGAUUGUGGAUAAAAAGAGAAGGGGCCCUGAUGGGAGCGUGGGUACCAAGAGUCAAUCAACUCAACCAAUUUAUACAGGUUGACAUAGGUGUGGUAAUGCUUAUCAAAGCUGUAGGAACUAAGGGUCGACAGGAUGCUGAUGAAUGGACAAAAACAUAUGUCCUAACUUUCAGUACAGACAGAUCACAAUGGUUUACCCUAGUUAGAAAUAAAAAACAGAUUAUAUUCACUGGAAACACCGAUAGAAAUUCCCUUAAGAAGAACUGGCUUCCAGCAACAAUAUCUGCUCGAUAUGUGAGACUUUGGCCAAGAUCAUGGAACUCACACAUCGCCCUCCGAUGGGAAGUGUAUGGAUGUGGAGGUGCCAAUGCUGCUCAUGGUCUAGGAUGCUUCUCUGACCAAACCCGUGACCGUGAUCUCCCAAAUGCCGUACUGACAAAUGUCCCCGGUGGGAUGACACAAAGGAUUUGUGUUAACCAUUGCUUUAACAAGGGUUAUGUAUUUGCUGGUCUACAGCGAGGAUCAUACUGUUAUUGUGGUAAUGACUAUGGAAAGUACGGCCCUGCACCGGCUAGUCAAUGUAACUACAGAUGUAGUGGAAACUCAAGAUCAACAUGUGGGGGAGCAGCAGCAAAUACAAUAUUUAAUACUGGACUUGCACCCGAUAAUGUCCGUUGUCCCGAUGGAUGGACAACAGUUGGCACUAGAUGCGGGAAGGCUAUUUCAGCAACAUCACAGAUUGACACAUGGCAGAAACAGCGAACAAAGUGUCAGAACAUGGGAGGAGAACUUGCUAGUAUCCUUAAUGAUGCUGAACAAAGCCAAGUUCUUAGUUAUCUCAAUAGCGAGGGCGGACGUAGUGACAUCUGGAUUGGCAUGAAUGAUCUAAGCAGAAGCUUCUACUUUGAUUGGACUGACCAGAGACCUGUGUUAUAUACAAAAUGGGCAAGAGAACAGCCAUACAAAGUCAACAAUAGGGGCAUAUCUAACUACAAUUGUGUAUACAUGUCUAGAUUUAGUGGUAAAUGGUAUGUGACAGCUUGUACUAUAAAAAGAGCAGCCUUGUGCAUGACAGAAAAACAGAACCUUCCACCAGCAAAGACAACACCUUCCCCUGCAGGAUGCCCGAAGGGAUGGACAUCAUACAGAUACAACUGUUACGUUUUCCUACCAACACCACGUACAUGGUUAAGUGCUAGCUCAACAUGUAGAAGCUUUGGUUCAACACUCGUCAGGAUAGCAAAUAGAUAUGAACAAGCAUACAUCACUGGCAAACUGAGCACCAUGAAGAGUGAGUUCUGGUCUGACUUGACUGACAGAGUCAAACCAGGAACAUACGCAUGGACAAAUGGAAACACUGAUAUUCGCUAUACCCAUUGGGCAAUGGGACAACCAAAUGACAGAACUAAGGGUCAGUGUGUUGCCAUUUCUGCUGGUCUAAACAACGGAUUGUGGUACGACAGACUAUGUACUUACAGAAGAGGCACGAUAUGCCAGAGAAGACGUACUGGAUACACUACCCCUAUGCCAGAACCAACAUCACCUCCUUCAAACCAGGCUUGUGAAGUUGGAUGGAUUGGCUGGGGUGCAAACUGCUUCCAGGUAAAUGAAGUAGAAUCUAGACAGAAGCUUACUUGGGUACAAUCCUUGGAUGACUGUAACAAGAAGGGAGGGGACCUUGCCAGUUUCCACAACAAAACAGAACUUGACUUUAUUCAUCAGAACUUCAUGUUAGGAAAGAAUGGUCAUUUCUGGAUUGGCCUAAAUAACAGAGAUACGAAACAGGGACAUGUCUGGACUGAUGGAUCUUCAGUAGCAUUUACCAACUGGGCUGAGAACGAACCAAAUAAUGGAGAUGGAGUAGAAAACUGUGUUGAAAUGUACUCAGAUAGUGGUCUAUGGAAUGAUAAUAAAUGUGAUAAUACAAGGAAUUGGGUGUGUAAGAUACCAAGAGGCAAACCAGUGCUUAACAUUGUCACAACACCCGCCCCAACACCAGGUCCAGCUGGAAGCUGUUCACCUGAUGAUGAUUCCUGGAAGUUCUACAUGGGCAACUGCUACUUCUUUAGCAACAACAGUGGAGAUUGGUCACAAACAUGGAGAAAAGCAGAAGCAUGGUGUAGUCAGAAUGGUGGAAAUCUUGCAUCAAUCAGAAAUCAAGGAGAACAAAACUUUAUCCAGGGACAGAUCAAGGAUCUUCAACAGAAUCAAAUGUGGAUUGGGUUGAAUGAAAUUGAUUACGCUGAUGGCUACAAGUGGACAGACAAAUCUCCUUUGAAUUACAAGAACUGGGCCCCUAAUGAACCUAAUGACUGGCAAGGUAAUGAAGAAUGUGUCUCAAUGUAUGCCACUGAUGGCUACUGGAAUGAUGAGCACUGUGGAGUUUCCCAAGGGUUUAUCUGCAAGAAAAACAAAGGAGUCACUGCAGCACCACCAACAGAUGAGCCUGACAUGCCAGGCUAUUGUCCCAAGGGUUACAGCACACUGGGCAACAAAUGUUACAAGUUCUUUGGACAGAGCUACUUUGAUAAGACUGACUGGGAUGGGGCCAGAAAGAAAUGCCAAGAUCAAGGGGAUAAUUUCGACCUUGCUUCUAUUUCAAAUGUAAAAGAACAAGCAUUCAUUAUAUCCAUGAUGAAGGACAAUGACUACCUUGCUUGGAUAGGUCUAAGAUAUAGGGGAGGUCAGUUCUUAUGGAUCGAUAACAGUGACUUUACCUACAGCAACUGGGACUUGGGAGAACCAAAUGGAGGCAAUGAUGAACCAUGUGUACAUCUCCAGAGAGACAUUCAUCACGUGGGUAAAUGGAAUGACAUUAGAUGCAAUAGCAGAUUUGGAUACAUAUGUCAAACAAAGAAACAGGACAGCAUUCUGACACCAGAGCCUACUGCAGCAAGUACAUGUGCAAACAAAGACUUUGUGAAGUGGGGAACGUCUUGCUAUCUGCUUGUACGAUCAGCUAAGACCUGGGAUGAUGCUGAUUCAUACUGCAAGAACACUGGUGCUAAUCUGGUGACAAUAUCUGAUGAAAAAGAACAAUCAUUCAUCUUCAGUCUUCUCUCGGUUGACAAACUGCAAAGCCCAGCAUGGAUAGGUCUCAGUGACAAAAUGGUACCAGGGACAUUUAGGUGGAGUGAUAACUGGCCAAUACAGUAUGCUAACUGGGAUAAAGGACAGCCAUCUGGCACUCAGACUGACGAUGGCGAUGGUGAUACUGAUGGUGGUUGUGUCUACUUUGACUCAGAAACAGGAAGAUGGAAUGAUGUCAAAUGCACCACAAAGUAUCCUUCAGUAUGCAAACAGACAGACGACCAGCCACCAUAUACCCCAGCCCCAGGUAAUGGCUCCUGUCCUGAUGAUUUUGAGGAUGGAGUAUGGCUACCCUACAAGGGAAGCUGCUAUCUGUUCCAACCAGACAAACAACUGACAUAUGCAGAGGCAGAUUUUGCCUGUCUUCAGAGGGAGUCAUACCUAGUAUCAAUACAUAGUGAUGAUGAAACAAACUUCCUAAAGGCUCAUUUACCCACAAUAAGUGGCGAAGCCAGUUGGAUUGGUCUGCUGAAACAAAGAACAGGUGGAUUUUUCUGGAAGGAUCUGUCACCAGUUGACUACACCAAUUGGAACAGGGGUGAGCCAUCAGACAAAGAUGGCACCCAGGGAGAAGACUGUGUUGAGGCCUACAAUAGUGGAACUUGGAAUGACAUUGCAUGUUCUGCAAAGCGUGGAUACAUUUGUAAAGUAACAGCAGCCAUUUCUGGUUCAACCAUUAUGCCAGCUACAGGAGCGCCACCAAGUAUGGCCUCUACCACAGACAUCGGAGUUCCUCAAACCAAUCCUCAGACCAAUCAACCUGUCACGGGUCCAGGAGUCAUAACAACAACUAGAAGUGUGAUGACCAACAAACCAGGAUCCUUGAAGCCAUUCACUUGGCCACCAGCAGGAAAAACAACCAAGCAAACAUUUGUACCACCAACACCAAGAGGACAGACAGCCACAAAAACAGCCACUGCGGGAAUCAAUGGAGGUGAAGUCGUUGCUAUAGUAAUCGGUGUCGUUGUUGCAGUGCUGCUAGCAACCCUUGUUGCUAUGUUCUUCAGGAAGAAAAACAGUCAGGCUGCGAUGAAGGCUGAGGGAGGUUUUGAUAAUGCAGUAUACUCAACAAAUAGUGACUCUGUACAAGUGAAUAAUAACCUUGACAGUGCUAAAAGUGCCUUUGGAAACCCACUCUAUGAUGACGUUAAUAAAACCAAUGCAUAAUGACCGAUCAUAUGACAAAACCUUUGCAAUGCAAACCAAUGCAAUUUGAUAAAAUAUAGUCUAUUGAAAAACCGUCCAUGAACAUUUUAUAAAUAAUUGUUUUGUAAUUUUACCUCUUGAUAUUAUAUCAUGUUUUUGAAAUAUAUAAAUGUGCCAAUUUGUGCAAUAUGUUUGUGUAUAAUAAAAUAUCUGUAAAUAUAAAAAUCUCGUACUUUUUCUCUGAUAUAUUUAAAAAAAACAAGAUGGUACAAAAGAUGGCAGCUCUGUACAAAC